CGGUUGCUUUUAUGGGUUGGUGUUGAUCUCUAUAGGUCGACAUGGUGGAUGGUGCCAUCCUUCUUCUCCGCUAGUUGGUUUAGAGGCGCAGCCUGACUCCGUGGCUUACUGCACGCUGGCCUGGUUGGCGCGCACUUGUGACAAUAAACUGAGACCCGCACUUCUCAUCCAAUUCCCUAUCCCUAUCGGGCACAAGCUGAGAGCUGACAGGCCGGGCUAACGCCAACCCCUGUAACUCUCUAUUUCCCCUUCCUUCCUCUCAUGCCCGCAUUAUUCUCCUCAUCUUCCUCAUUGCUUCUUCAUCUUCUACGCCUUGCUUGGUUGCUUUCGAUCGAGUCCCGGGCUUGCAUCAUUUUAGUGCGACGUACAAUUCGAUAUACAACAUACCAGUGUUGCUAGGUUGGGAUAUCAGUCUGGGUUUGGACAUGUGCUAAAGAUUGGAUGCAUUUGGGUUUCUGGGAGUUUUGCCGACGACGAUAAUCUGAGGCUCUCACAACAAUGCGGCUCGAUGCAUCGAGAUUUGGGAUCCUCGCCUGUUUAUCAGGGUUGGUGGGAGCGCAGGGCGGCGACGCGGGUAGUGCUAAAACGGUGACCACUGAUAUUGGGACGACGUCGACAAGUUCGGCAUCAUCGAACGUCGUCAUUGAACUGGAACCUCUUCCAACUCCCGCUGUUUAUGCGGAAGGCGUAGGGGACCAAAAUAUUACCUAUAGCCAUGGCAUAGGUUUUGCUGGCGUGACUGUCACAGCCGUUAACUUAAGGCGGUAUAGCGACAAUGUCACUAUUGGGAUGGGGAAAGACUAUUCGGCCGUAUUAAAUACAGGUUCCGAGCUUCAUACUGGCGAAGCGAUAAUAGGACGAAGGGAUGAGACGUUACCGCCAUUCUCCUUUCCAAUAACUAAUGGGAGCGUAACUCUUAAAGUCCCAUCCUCCGAUUUAAGUAGGUUGUACGGCGACAACGUAGGCUUGCCCUUAUAUUACGAGUUCGAGUGGAAAAACUCUACGUCUUCGGGAAAGAGCUAUAGUCAGCUCAUCGCUGUGGCCCUCAGCAACGGUUACAACAAUGCAGUUCAAAUGAUUUCAAAAACAGGCAAAGAUUCAAGCCCGGCCUUCACGGAGGAUAUCCAACAGGAUGCGACUAAUCCCUUAGACGCAACUUCAACUUCUGGCUCGACCGCCGCCGAGACAUCACUAGCAUCGACCUCGGCAUCUUCGAGGGGUAGCGGUGGACUAGGCCCAGGCCCUAUAGCCGGAAUUGCGGUCGGGUGUGCUGUUGUGGUUAUUCUUAUCGUCGCCUUCCUCGUCUGGUUCUUUUUCUUCCGCCGCCGCGGUAGUCGCGAUCCAGCCCAUGGCCAAUCAGGCUUCGCUGCAAAUUCGGGUUCGAAGGCUCUGGUUCUCGACAAGGAGGCUACCGGCUCCCCACAGUCGGCGUAUCCCGACGACGGCGGAAGGUUGCGCGAUGCGGAUGCGUAUGCGUCAUAUGCGGGUACCAAGGCGCCACAGGCCCCGGGAGCGGCGUUCACGAUGAAUAGUACGUCGGAUCUGGCAUCCAUCGGACAAGCUAGCACGACGAGGGCAGCUACGCCACCGGCAUAUCAAACCCGCUACGCGCAUUUGAUCGAGGAGGGCAUGACGGAGGAUGAGAUUCGGAGAUUGGAAGAGGAGGAGCGGCAUCUAGAUGCGGCGAUUCAGAACGCGGAAAGGAAUCCGAGGAGGGAUACUCACUAGUCGCGAUAUGCGUGCGAUGUGAUGCUUUUUUUAUUGUUUUUUAAGCGGGUGCCCCAAUGGGUCUCGGCGUUUCAAGGGUUCAUCGUUAUAGCGUGAUAGGUAAUCUAUGUGUAUGUGGUGAGAGAUGUCGAGUGGUGCGGAAUGAGACGACCGAGUGUGUGUGAAAAUCGGGAGAGACGAUUACCACCUCCUUUAUGCGUAUAUAUCACUUUAGCGUUGCACAUUCGUUACCCUUCUUGUUUUGGUCUCU